UACAAGUGCACGACGCGUCUUCUUAGAACAACCAUAGCUGGUUGAGUGAAUGCCGCCCUGCUAAUACAAUUGGAUACAACAAUUCGAUUCUAAAUUUCCCACUCCACCAAUACAAUCGUCGAGAACCACGAAAAGGAAGAGUGCCAGAGUUAAAAGCGUUAACUAUAACUGCGAUAUCGCGGCUCCGGGGCUUCCCCGCUUUUCAACGGGAGAUAACAACCAGCAAAACUCCCAGUGAUUCCGGUCCAGAGGUCUGCGGCUUGAUUUCUUCUUCACUUCCACCAUGGCGAACGAGCGAUUUUUUGGUAGGGCUUGCAAAACGUGUCGUCGUCGGGGACGAGGAUGCGACCGACGCAUGCCCACGUGCAACACCUGCGAGGCUAGUGGCCAGACAUGCGAAGGUUACCAACUCCAAUGGCCAGGCUUAGCUAGCCGCGGCCAAUUGGUGGGCAAAAGCAUUCCUAUCGCGGAGACUACGAAGCGUCGACGAACGCGCCGAGUUCAACGAUCGACCGUUCCAAGUUCACCUCCGCCAGUACUCCCACGUUCACCCAAAGAACCCGUCAACAAUGAUGAGCAGGCCGAGCCCCAGGAACCCCGGCUCGAGGAUCUGCUGGAUCCUGUGCAACUCUUCGCGGACAUCGCCGAUCUAGCGACACCGUCAAAUCCCUUGAUCUGGUCCAACGAUAUUUCAUUGAUGAACAACGUUUCCGGUGACCUUCUUGAGCCUCAACUAAAUGCCGAUGCGGAGUCUCCUUCAUGGGACCAUUCUGAGCAAUUCGGAGGCUCCUUGGCGUUAAACCAUAUCCCGGAGCCCAGCCUUGACAUUUUGGGAAUCCCCGACGAACUCAAAUUCAUCAUGCAGUACCAUAUCUGUGAAGUUGUGCCAAAGUUAUGCAUCGACAACCUUUCUCCUCAAAAUCCAUAUCGCGAGUAUAUCCUCCCUCUCGCCCACGAGGUUCCGUCAUUACUUUACGCGUGUGCGGCGUUGGCAGCAUGUCAUUUCAACGUACGGCUCUCUACCAAUCAAUUCGAGCGCGAGUUUUUCCGAUUCAAGGGUAAAGCGAUGAAGCGAUUGCAGGAGGAUCUGUACUCACAGACUCGAGCGAAACAUCCCGGGACGCUUGCCACGAUACUCAUGCUUUGCUUGUGUGAUCUUUGUCAUGGGGGAAUAUCGGAUUUCCAAUCACAUUUCCAGGGAGCGAAGAGACUUAUUGAGCUUCGUCAAGAAAGGACAAUCGGUUGCUUUGUGGAACAAUAUCUAGCCUGGCUUGACGUGAUGGCUGCUGCUUCGCAUUGUCGACCCACGGUGUUUUCAUUACAAGAGAUCAGCACUAUAUUGGGGGAGUCACAUGACCGGUGGGGGUUGGAUGCAAUACCUUGCCCAUCAGAUCAGUUCCAGAUUGUUUGCGAGAUCGUCGCGUUAUUCAAGAGCCAACUCGAUCCUGACAGCCCUUCAAUCGAGACGCUGAGUCAAGUUCAAGACAUCAAGCGAAGGCUGUUACAACGAUCGACGCAUUGCGACAAAGGUCAGAACUGGUUUCACAUGACUGAAGCGUACCGGUUUGCGAUUAUACUUUAUCUGCUAAGAUUAUUCUCCUGCGACAUUGAUGAGUUCGAGAUCGAUUGGCUGGUCAGCAGUGUACUUUAUCAUGCACGAGCUACACCACCCGCUUCCGGGUGGUCGGAUCAGCUAUUAUGGCCCAUAUUUCAUGCCGGUCUUGAAUUGAAAGAUUCUAGACGGCAAGAGUGGGUUCGAGAACGCGCCAGAUGUAUGCAAAGCUCCGGGGGAUUUGGGAAUGUACAAAGCGCCCUUGUCUUACUCGAGGGUGCUUGGAAGGGACAACGGCCAGUGAAGUAUAUCGAUUUAAUGUUGGGACGUGGAAGUGGAACUGUACUUUUAAUCUGAUACUAUUCGAGGUCCUGUAUACUAGUUUUCAAUGCCGACAGGAUUGUAAGAACUAAAGCUUG